GGGGAGGGGAAGGGGCCGUCAGGGGGGCAGAACCCGGGCUGAGGGUUGAGGUCCUUGUGCCCCUGCCUCCGUCCCGCCCACGCUCCCUGGACUCCCUCCCUGAGUGCACCUCCUGUCAGUCCUGAGCCCCCACCAGCGCUGACACCCUGAUGUCCCACCAGCUGCUCAGACUCCACCCACGGCCCUGGUGUCUGCGCCCAUUCUCUUGCCUUUGGGUUUGGUUCACUCAUGUGCUAUUUAGGGUUUGGGUGUCCUCUUCCUCGGCAAAUUGUUCUGUAACUUCCCGCUGUCCUGUCUUUGAUCACAAAUUGGAUUUGGGGUGAUGUGUAGAUCCUCUGUGCUCUGUGGAAUAGUUCGUGACCUCGGGUUACCAGUUUCAUGGACUGUUCAGUGGCACUCGGGGUGAAGCCUUGCUUCCUCCCACAGUGUGCCUCCCCGUGUGUCCCCCCAUAUGAGUCCCAGGUGCCCCUCCCCAGGCCUCCUGUCCCCUCCCUCUCUGCCCCUCCCCAGUCAGCCGUCCUUAAUGCCCAGCUUGAGGCCAGCAGGACAGGAGCCCGAGGUGGGCACUCGGGGGUGGAAUAGGGAAGCUGAUUCUUGGGCCAGCAAAAGGCAGGUGGGGAAAAGGCCCCCAACCCCAGUCCAGAGCCCUCAGCCCUCCCGUCCAGUCUCACCCCCAGUCCCAGUAUCCGUGAGGUGUCUGGUCUGCUUAUCCCCACAAGCUGUAGGCCUGCCAGAGAGGAGACCUGCCCAGCUGGGACCACCCACUGCUGCAGUGGGGAGCUGGGGUUUAUCGGAGGUCAGCCAGGAUUCAGGUCCCUGCGGGCACUAACUGGGGCAGGGGAAGGGUUCUGAGGACCAAGAUCAGCCUUGGGGAGGGGGACCGCUGAACCUGGGGCCUGGGGGAGGGCGGGCCUGGCUCCAGGUGCUGCGGCCCCUGCGGAGGGUUAGAUGGUCCCAGGGGCAGCGGCUCCCUCUUUCCCUCUCUCCUCUUUCCACAGGGGGCAUCGGAACCAGUGUCAGCAUCCAGGGAUGCGUGCCUCAAGAAGGCUGCAACUUGUUUAAAGGGACUCAGCAUAUCGGGCCCUUGGUAAUGAUUGAGAACUGCAUUCCUAGAGGUUUACUGACCUGUCACCAGGGAAACAUGCAGUGGACUCAUCACAACCUGUCUCAUGAACCUGUCAAAUGGCCCCACAGAGGCAACAGACCUGUGAUAUUGCGGAGGUGUGUCAGGAGACGCUUCUGCUCAUAGAUGUAGGACACACGUCACUCAUCCUGGGGAGCAAAGGCUGCAGCUUGGACCAGAUGGAGCAUGCCCCCACUAUCUCCAUACACUCGGGGCCGCCUGGCAUGCUCAUUGCCUCCUACGCCCAGCUCUGCUCCUCUGACGGUUGCAACAGGGCCAACAGUACCAGCAUCCUGCUGAAUUCCCUCCCCCAUCCAGCUGUGCCUGCCCCAGGAGACCUGCAGUGUCCUGCCUGUGUGGAGGUCUCUGGGACCUGUGCAGAAAAUUCUAAAAAUGUCACGUGUCCUAUGGGCACCACUCAAUGUUACAGUGGCUACAUUCGUCUCAAUGGAGGUGGGGCGUCCUACACAGUGAACGUUCAGGGCUGCAUGACCCAGCCUUCUGGCUCCUUGUUGAACCAUACCUGUGAUAUUGGGGUCUUCUCUGUACAUGAGAGUUCUGAUGGGAAUGAAACUCUCCCCCAAGCCAGAGCUUCCCCUCCCCUCUAUUUGGCUUGGGCUGUUGGCCUUGGUGUAUUUUUAGCCCUUUGGUAUGGGGAACCCUCCGUGUUGAACCUAUUUCCAGAUGAUUCUUAGCCCCUGCCACACCUCUGCACCCAACCCUCCCUUGAACUCAUAACGGGACCAGCCUUGGAUGCUGAAUUAUUUCCCAGUCCUCUCCAUGUAUUAUUAUCCCCACCCACACCCACACACUUUAUGACCUGAUAACCACUUAGGGAGGGGCUUGGGAACAUUGAACUUGCCCUAUGGACAUUCAAGCAGUGGCCACCUGUGUCUGAUAACACACCAUCCUUUCCCCCAACACAGGGUUUCUCUACGUGAGGGGAGGGCAGGGCACCCAGAGAUCUAAGAGUGGGUCAGGUCGCCAGCCUUCCCCUCUGCACUGGCUCUGUCCCCCUUCCUACAAGUCCUACCAAGCCACUUUAAGAAAGAAAAUCACUUCCUGGCUUAUUCUUCCUGCCACCGCCUCCUCCCUUCUCAGUCACGUAUCUUCAGCUGCCUGGAUACAUUUCUUUGCUUCUGUUUUUUCACCUUCCACUCACCCUUCCUUGCCCGCUUUCCAUCGCCCCCUUCUCGAACAUCCCUCUUACCAAAGUCACCAACAUCCUCUUCCAUUGCUACACUUGCCCGGUGCUCCUCAGGCUGGUGUUGCGGCAUUUGACCCAACACUGUACUUUCCUGGCAUCAGCCCCCUAAGAGUAAAUGCAAAUCAAAAAGGAAAGAAAACUUCAUCUUCCCUGGCACAAAAAGGGAAAGAGAUCCCCCUUUAUUUCAGAGCAUUUUCUAUAGAAAAUGUAUCAUUGAACUUCUUUCUCUAUCUCUGAGAGGUGUAUGGAAAUCUUUAAAAAAAUUUAAAUAGCCUCUUGCCAGCUCUGAAAUGUAAUGGCAAGGAAGGUCCCACCCCUGUCUCCCGGGGGGGGGGGGCAGGAGCCUGAGUCAGGCGGGCCCCUCCAAGUUGCAAAACUAUCUGCAUCAAAAUAUGAGAAGUUCAUUUUUCCUUUGGAGAAAGCCAAUUCGCUGACACAGGCGGCCACCCCAUUACCAGGUGAAUUUAGGAUGAAGUACGGGUGACAGAUGGUGCUGUCCAGUCCUCUUACUUGAGGACUAGCUGUUGUUUAUCUUGACAGCGUGUGUGUAAUGGCUUCUGUCUGCCUGGCCACAUAAGGGGUCAGCUUUCUUUCUGUCUUUGUAGUUCUUAGUGGAUCGCCUGUGAUGCUCAUCCCAUUCUGGCUUUAAUGCUCAGUCAGUCAUACAACUGCCUUUGAUUCCCUCUUCUACCUGUGUGGAGGGUUUGGGGGUUGAGAGGCGCCUUUCCUUUUAAUCACAUUCUCCUGGCACCCCCAACCUGGUGAAUUUGGAAGACAUCAUCCUGCCCGUCACUCCUGUUUUCAGCUGCUUCACCAACCUUUAAAUGUGGCUGUUCCCCAGGGUCUGUGCCGGCUCCUUCCUCUCACUGCCCACAAGCCCUCCACUCCCCGUUCAUGACUUCUCUUCCAUAAGCACGUGCCUCUCAAGUCUCCAGCUCUUAGCAGGACCUGGCUCCUGAGCUCCAGGCCUGGAUGUCCCGCUCCCUGUUGGACAUCGCCACCUGGAGGGCCCAGGGGAAAUUCUCAUGAUGGGCACAGUUCGUGUUCUAGCUGCCCAGCACGUAAAGGACUCUGCUGUAUUUGGGGAGUUUUCUACCUCUCCAAGGUAAAAGCCAGAAAAUAUUAAAAAAGAAUGGACUUGGUCGCUAAAGGGGAGAGGUGGGGGAGGACGGGUGGGAAGGGAGGGAGAAGGGGAUUGUGGGGUAUCAUGAUUGGUGCACAUGGUGUGUAUGGGGUCAUGGGGAAGACAGCAUAGCACAGAGAAGACAAAUAGGGACUUUGACAUCUUCCUACACUGAUGGACAGUGACUGAAAUGGGGUAGGGGGGGACUUGAUAGUAAGGGUGAAUGUAAUAACCAUGUUAUUUUUCUUGUGAAACCUUCAUAAGAGUGUAUGUCAAUGAUACCUUAAUAAAAAUAAAUUAAAAAAAGAAAGAACAGA